GAUUAUUUUGCUGUACCAUAGCAGCUUGUUGUUGCUGUUGUAAUUGUAAUUGUUGUUGUUGCAUCUGCUGCAUUUGUUGUUGCAUUGCAACAGAUUGUUGUUGUUGCUGUUGUUGCGCUAAUACCUGUUGAGCACUAGGCAUACCCAUCGCAUUUGUACCUACACCACCGACACCGCCUACGCCGACUCCUACACCAACUCCAAAUUGUUGAGGACUCACCAUACCUAAACAAAUUUUAAUUACUCAACUUUACAUAUCAUUUUCUUUUUUUCGAGUAUAAAUAUACUCACCACCUUGUUGUGGCCCCAUCAAACCAGAUACCAUUUGUCCUCCACCAAAUUGUGUUCUCAUUGCAGAUUGCUGUACAUUAGGAAACCCAGAAGGGAAAGGAUGUUGCUGGCCCGCCAUAUUGUUUAAAUUUUACAACUCUUUUACAUUUAUUAACAUAUGAUAGCACAGGAAAGAUUCAUCAGCAAAAUUAGAAAAUUUUGAGGUUAAGUAUCAUUCUAAUAUUGUACGUUCAACUUUUCGGAAUCCGAAAAACCAAUUGUCAUGAGAUUUAAUUUAUUUUCACUAGUAAGUAUAAAGGUAAAAAGACAUUUAUUAAAAUGUUGACAAAAUGUAAAAAUUGUAUCCUUGACACAUGUGAAGUUGUAAUCAAUAAUUUCUAGUAGAAUAUAAUUUCACUUCUUAUUUGAGGUUACACAGAAAAUUCACCAUCCUGCCAUUAACAAAAGUGUAGCACGAAAUAUGCAUAUUUUCUUCGAUUACGUGCAAUAUAAAGUGCACGUCUCACAUAUUACGUUACAAGUUGUUGACAUCACAUUGCGCACGUGUGUCGCGCUAGUAGCGUCCCCACAUCAUUUUACCGGCUUCUAUUCGCAUUAAACUGUUUUAAAAUUAAAAAAAGUUUAGUAAGCAACGUCAAUAUUUACUGUAAUACUAAUUUUUCUUAAAUGCCGAAUUUUGAGUAUCAUACAAAAUUCUCAAAAUGCAGUUCCGCUUAGUUUGGAACGAUACAACGCGAGGGCAGUAGUCUUCAGGUUCACUCACAGAAGCAAUAUAAUAUGGUAUUAUUAUUAACGUAUCAAUGUUUUUGUAUGUAAUCAUAAUAUAUAUAGAAUAAACAUUCAUAUUUUAAUAACAAACUAAAUUAAUUUAACUUCCUUUUCCCUGUUUAAUUCUGGUUUCUUUUCUAAAAAUGAAACCUUUUGUAAACUAAAUAUUAAUUUCAUCAAAUUUAUUAAAAUGUUCAAUUCAGUACUGUUUAUUUAAAAAUAUUCUCCACAUGUUUAUUGUUUCUGUUACAUUGAAUUUAUUUAUUAUUUUCGUGAACCAUAAUAUCAUAAAGCCUUAUACAUAUAAUUAUAAUAAUAAUAUAAAUUUAAAAUAAAUGUAUACUUUCUCGAUAAUUUUAAUUGUGCAUAAAAGACAGUUUCCUCUACUAAAAUUAUGAAAGUGUACGCUUCGCUUCGUUACGGAUCAAUCGUAACAGGAAAACAUCUCUUACAGCACAGGAUCAAAGUCAAAGUGAAAUUCUUUAAGAGAUAGGUCAGAAUUUGACGGUGUUCGAACGGUACCUAAACAGGAGAUAAGAUCAGCGCACACGAAAUGACCAGUAUAGCCAGAACGGGCCAAUCUUCUGUCCCCAUGCACCUUGCUCGUCUGUGCGCUCACAGGAACAUUGUUUUUUCCGUCGCAGUCAGUGUCCAUCACGCUGUUGCGAGGACUGCUGUGGGCGAGAACCAGUCGCUCUACAUAAGAAACGGUACCUGAACGAAGGGCAACGUGGAAAGUUGUUCAUCCUUGUUACAAUGCUUUGCGAACGAUUUCUCUUCGUCAUAACGUUGACGCGUGUUGUUUCGUUCUGCGGGGGUAGAACAAUACAAGAUCAAAUACUUACAUUUGAUUUUCUAAGUAAUAAAUCAAAACCGACAGAUGUACUUGUGAACGAAAGUUACAAAUCCAUGGUAAUUGGCCAUGACCAAUUUACAAAUAAAACAGUGAACAGUGAUAUUUCAUCAAAAUAUACCAGUGAAAAGAAACAAACGGCAUUGAACGGAAAUAGUCACGUCCAUGAGACAUGCCCUUUCAAAAGUAACAUAGAAUGUUCAAUUUUGUUGUCUUUGUCAAAAAUAGCGAAAGUCGAUGUGGCUGUUCCAGAUCAAACUAGUCGUGGUAUGAAAACAACAGCUUUUCAUAGCACUUGGAAAGAUGCCGAAAAAUUAAAUCUCAAUAAAAAACUAAAAGGGAAUGAAGGAGCACAUUUCGUUGGACAACAACAUUUCGAGACUGUUUCGAAGAAACAAAUGAAAUCGCUGAACGUCCACUGUCGCGCGAUCCACGAAGUUUACAUACCAGAAGCCAAACAAAACCUGCCAGCUUUUGCUUGUAAAUUUGGAAGUAAUACUUUUAUUUUGACGAGUACGAGAUUUCUCCAAGAUCGUCGUUUAAAUUUAGAUAUAAAUGUCAAUGAAGAUAUUUUUAAAAAUGUGAAACGUGCUCGAAAGAUUUCCAGAGGCAACAAACUGAGAGUGCUACCAGCUUUACUAGUUUUAAAUGUCCCCAACAACGAUUACAGAAUAGAGGCGCGGGAUUUUACUUCUGACGAAAGAAAAGUCGAUUCGGAUGAAAAGAACUGAUAAGAAAUCACCGGAACGCACUAGUCAGAAAAUCCUAUUGCGAAGGAAGUUUGGGUACCCAGUGAUAACAUUGAGUUCAUUAUCUUUCGUUUGCUAAACGAGAUAUACAAACAAUGUAAUUGUA